AUGGCAAGCAGCGAUCUCUCUUUGAAUACCCCACAAACUUUCACCGGUGAAAAUUAUCAGAUUUGGUCAGUGAAGAUGAAAUCUUAUCUUGAAACUUAUGAUCUAUGGGAAGUUGUAAUGAAAGACAAACUUAUACAAUCACUUCCUGCAAAUCCUACCCUUGCCCAAAUCAAAGCUCAUUCAGAUGAGAAAACCAAAAAAUACAAAGCCAAAACUACAAUUCAAAAUUCAGUUGCAGAUUCAAUCUUCUCUAAAAUCAUUGCAUGUGAGACAUCAAAAGAAGCUUGGAAAACACUCAAACAGGAGUAUCAAGGAAGUGAACGAGCCAGACAAAAUCAGAUUUUAAAUUUGAAAAGAGAUUUUGAAUCUCUUAUAGUGCAAGAUGAUGAGACCAUCGCUAAGUAUUCUAACCGAAUUUCUUUAAUUGUCAAUAAAAUCAGGUUACUUGGCGAGAAUUUCAAAGAUGACAGGAUAGUUGAAAAGAUUCUUGUGACAAUUCUCGAGAAAUUUGAAUCCAAAAUUUCCUUUCUGGAAGAGUCUAAAGAUCUCUCUACCAUCUCUGUUGCAGAAUUAAUAAGUGUUCUUCAAGCAUAA